AUGAAACCGGGAUACAAGGGCGAGUUGUUCAUUAUCUACAGCUCGCAGGGUCGAGUCCUCCUCUCCGUGGGUGUUGAUAAGCAGGUAGUGGUGGCCUACCAGGAAGCUGCGGCUGGCGUUAGGGCAGCUCGCAUCUCUACCAGCGGUACCGCAAUCCACUCCGAGAAGAUUGGACCCGCUCUCGAUGAUAAUGAAUGGCAUCGCGUUGGAUUGAAUUUCAAGGAUGGUCGUGUGCGCCUCGCCGUUGAUUGCAAGGCGGUGGAGGAAUCCACCAUCGUCCUUCCCGUCAAAUUUAUCGACAAACGCAACACCCUUAGCCUCCUUCCCCAUGGCUUUAAUGGUGUCUUGCAAGACCUGAUGUUGGUGCUGGGAGACCGGAGUCUGGAGCAGCAGUGCCUCAUCUACACUCCUGACUGUCCCACCGACGUUGACGAUGCCAUGAUGAAUGAUGAGGGUGAACCUGGAGAACAGGGCGACCCCGGAGAACCUGGUGAAAAAGGUGAACCCGGUAAACCGGGUCCACGAGGUCCGGACGGAGAACAGGGUCCCCCUGGUCCCACGGGCUCGCUCUUUGUGGUGCCGCUUAAUUUGGGCAUCGGUGGUGGCGCAAAUGCACGUGCUGCCCACUUCAGACAGCUGCUUCAACAGCACCUGGAGUCUCUCAGAGGCGUGCAUGGACCCCGAGGUUUGACGGGUCCCACAGGUCCAGACGGCCCUAUGGGUCCUCCUGGUCUCAAGGGGGAGACUGGUCCCCAGGGUGACACCGGUCUUCAAGGUCGGAGAGGUCCCAUGGGUCCUGUUGGCUUCCCCGGACCUAGAGGCAAGACGGGUCGAGACGGCGACCGCGGUGACCCCGGUCCCGCAGGUCCCAAAGGCCCAGAUGGUUUGCCUGGUGAUUCAGGGUUGAUGGGUCCCAAAGGCCUCAGGGGACCUCGUGGUCCACCCGGCCCAGUAGGAGAACAAGGAUCUCCUGGUGAAGAGGGGUCUCGCGGUCCCACUGGUGACGCUGGUGACCAAGGUGACAUGGGCUCAUACGGUCCUCGCGGUCCACCGGGUCUGCAGGGUCCCCUUGGCCCCAGGGGUAAGACUGGAAGUCGAGGACCCGUCGGCCUUCAGGGCGAGGUGGGUGAACCCGGUCCUACCGGAAUGCCUGGUCCCAUGGGUCCACCUGGUCCCGCUGGUCCAGAGGGUCCUGCCGGUCCUCGGGGUGUAGUUGGACCUCCUGGUCCUCCCGGAAAGCAGGGACCUCCCGGCGCUACUGGUCCUGAAGGCCGUCCUGGCUAUCCCGGUUCAAAGGGAGAGAUGGGCCUUAAAGGAGAUACUGGUCCUGAGGGUCAGAAAGGCGAACCCGGUUUACCUGGACCCAGGGGGGUAAAAGGUGCGCGAGGCAUUGUGGGCAUCUCGGGCCCUAAGGGUGACACCGGCAAGCCUGGAGCUGUCGGUGUCCCUGGCGAGGCGGGUCCGAAGGGUCUCAAGGGCAGCCGAGGCUCCCCUGGUGUUAUGGGACUUAUGGGUCCUCAGGGUGAGAAGGGUGAGCCUGGCAAAUCUGGUCCAUUUGGUCCCCGUGGUGAUCGCGGACUUCAGGGUCCUCCCGGUCUCAUGGGACCUGCUGGUCCCCAGGGUCUGCUCGGUGACCCCGGACCCACUGGCCCAGCCGGCCCUCAAGGACGCGAGGGCGACAAGGGUGAGACUGGUCCUGUUGGACCUCCUGGUGCUGAUGGUGAACAGGGACAGCAUGGAGCUCCCGGCCCUCGUGGCAUACAGGGAAAGGUCGGACCUGCUGGAGAGAAGGGUGAUAAGGGCGCUACCGGUCCUCCGGGUCCUCCAGGUCCGACUGGAGAGCUAGGUUUUCAGGGUCAUCCUGGUCCCAGUGGUCUUCCUGGUCCUGCUGGACCCAUGGGUCGGCAAGGUCCCCAGGGAUUCCCCGGACCUCGUGGUGAGCCCGGUGAAAUCGGGCCUCCUGGGCCUCGUGGACCGAUUGGAAUGACGGGUCCUGUUGGUCCAGCAGGAGAAAUUCUUAAUUUUUUCCAACAGGGUCCAACCGGAGACCCAGGCAAAGAAGGCAAGGAUGGACCAAAGGGUGACAAGGGUCCUAAGGGUGAACGCGGUAACCGCGGCCCCCCUGGCCAACGUGGUCCUCGGGGCUAUCUCGGCCUUGACGGAAUGCCUGGUCCUGCUGGUCCAGAGGGCUUCAAGGGUGAGACUGGACCCGAUGGUGAAGUCGGACCCACAGGUCCUAAGGGCUAUCGUGGUGAUGCUGGAAUUCUGGGACAGGUUGGACCUCCGGUCAUUCAAUCUAUUUCCAUUUGGAUUGGUAGCCUCCUCCCUCCCGAGGCCACUUCCAAAGACAAAGGUAAUGGAACCAUUUUUAGCAUUUCUAGCGAGUUUCUACGACUCCUUACAGGUCCCCUUGGUCCAAGAGGCGCUCAGGGUAUUCAAGGCGAGAAGGGUCCCAAGGGACCCGAUGGUGCUAUGGGUACCGUCGGUCCACCCGGAUCCCGUGGCUCGCGCGGGCGUUCGGGCCCUACCGGGCCCAUUGGUGCGCCAGGAUUUGAUGGCGAGAAGGGCGAACGCGGACCCCCCGGACCUCAAGGGAAGAAGGGACCUCCUGGACCUCAGGGUCCGAGAGGUAUUGUUGGACCCAUCGGUAGUGCCGGAAUGCCCGGUAUUCAGGGGCCCCCGGGAGCACCUGGUCAGCCGGGUGAGCCAGGCCCCAUGGGCCUGAUAGGCCCAGAUGGUCUCACCGGUCCCUCCGGUCUGCCCGGACCAAUGGGUAUGGAGGGUGCCCCUGGACCAAUCGGCAAGCGCGGACCGAAGGGUGACCGUGGUCGUGAGGGUCCGCAAGGCAGCCCUGGCCCUAUGGGCCCCAUGGGUUCCAUGGGUCUCACCGGACCUGCCGGCAACCCAGGCCCAACCGGCCCCGCCGGAGCUGUGGGAGAACCCGGAGACAAGGGACAACAGGGACCCCGCGGUUCUCCUGGCUACGAAGGCAGCCCUGGUAACCAAGGUCCUCAAGGCCGAAAGGGUCCAGAUGGACCUGCUGGUCAAGUUGGUCCUCCUGGCGACCCUGGAAUGGAAGGCCCUAUUGGGCCUCAAGGUCCUACGGGUCCCUUGGGUCCUCCUGGUUCACAAGGAGCCCGUGGUAUCCCCGGUGGAAGGGGUAGUCCUGGUCCAGUUGGUGAAGAUGGUGCCCCCGGCAAUACGGGUCCUCAAGGAAAGCCGGGACCUCGUGGUCCCCCGGGUCCGCAGGGUCCUCAGGGACCUGCCGGACAGGCAGGUCCCCAGGGCUUGCCCGGUCCUCGUGGUAGCAAGGGCCCCAAGGGUGAACCCGGACCUCAGGGUCCACCUGGAGAGACUGGAAACCCCGGACCUCGAGGUUUGAGUGGACCACCUGGACUGCGAGGACCCCCUGGACCGGCUGGAUUACAGGGUCCACCGGGUGUCAAAGGACCCGAGGGAGAAGUCGGACCAGAGGGUAUUCCUGGAGCAACUGGAGCAGACGGAGGGAAGGGAGAGACAGGUCCGAAGGGACCAAAAGGCGCCUAUGGUCCGGUGGGUCCCAUGGGACCGCCCGGGCCUAGGGGCGAGCGCGGUCCGACAGGUGUAGAGGGCGAACGUGGACGUAUCGGUCCCAAGGGUGCCCAGGGACCUCCCGGACCUACCGGUGAUCCUGGCCCACCCGGCGAUUCUGGCCCCCCCGGUCCUGAGGGACCUAUGGGUGUUCGUGGACCUGUUGGUCCUGGUGGUCCACGCGGUCCGAAGGGCAAGCCAGGUCCCCAGGGUCCCCCCGGUCCUCCUGGUCCCGUAAAGAUUCUCGACCUCACCGCAGGCUACUUCAAAUUCGAACCGGGUCGUACCAAGAGAAGCAUUAACGAGGACGAGCUCUACGAUAUGAAGGAUCCUGAUGCCAGCCUCUUCCCCAACAACGUGCCGGCCAUCGGUGCGGUGUUGCGUCGCCUCUACGCACGCAUUGAAAGUCUAGAGUCAGCGGUGCGAUACUACCGACGUCCCAUCGGCACGCGCGCUUACCCGGCGCGCCACUGCCGCGAGAUUAUGGAAGCCACAGACUCGCCGCACGGCCCCGUCUCUGGCGAGUACUGGAUCGAUCCCAAUCUCGGCUCGAGUCGCGAUGCCAUCAAGGUGGAGUGCAAGUUCUCUGGCAGCGUCGCCAAGACCUGUGUCCAUGCUACACCUGAAUCCAAGGCGCUCCGUCUGGUCAACUUGAGGAAGAGCGGUGGCGAAGGCAGUUGGUGGUUCUCCAAGCUUUUGGAAGGGAACACCAAUGGAACUCAACGCUUGUACUACGCGCCGCGAAACCAGUUUAACUUCCUCCAGUUGCUGCACCACCGGGCGGAGCAGUCGAUUACGGCACUGUGCCGUGGCUCCGUUGUCUAUUACGACAGCCGCAACAAGAACUACGACUUGGCAGCCAACUUGCUUCUCUUCAAUGGCAAGGUCAUCAACACCCACCUCGAUCGACGAGUUCGUGGCGAGGGCGGCUUCGUCCAACUGGAGGUCAAUAUCAAGGAUGACUGUAUGGACCGCUCACCGACCGGCUCGACAGCUAAUUUCGAUCUAGUUGCCAACCAUCCGGAACUUCUGCCCAUUAUCGACAUGAAAAUGUUCGACUUUGGCGAGGACAAUCAGCAGCUUGGUUACUACGUCAACGAGGUCUGCUUCUCUUAG